UUGACAGAAUAACAUGUCCAUUUAAGGAGCUGGAUUGUACCAUGAAAACUUUAUUGAAAAGGGGUUGCUCUGGGCUGUUUAGGCAUCUGGGAGUGGAGCUGGAAAAAAGACUUCUUUUCUGAAUAAGAACAACAUUUUACACUGAUGUGUUAUAGGAAUGCUGAUGAGCUUUUUAUGAAGUGUUAAACUUUUAAACUGGAAUUGCUGAAUCCGGGAAGCUGAAAACUCAGUUUAACUCCCUGUAGUUUUGGAAUGCAUCAAGCCAAAGGAGGCCCUGAAUGCCCGGAUGUCUAUCAAAAUUAGUGUAAUCCAAUACUGAACUAGAGAGACUUAACUCAGGAACCUGUGUCUUUGGGAAUAGGGAGUUCAGUGACAUUUUGGAGAGGGUAAAUUUACAGAAACCAGGAAACGGAGCAAAAGUAUCAGCAAAUGGCAAAUACGUUUUUGGCUGGGGGGUAGGGAGGGAAGUUGGGGGAAGGGGCUCAUGGACAGAAGACAUUUGCCAUUAUAAACUUCACUAUGGCUGCCCAAUCAAGCUUGUACAAUGAGGACAGAAAUUUGCUCCGGAUCAGAGAGAGAGAGAGACGGAAUCAGGAAGCUCUUCAGGAGAGAGAGACAUACCCGGAAAAUACCCCCCUCUUUGCAGAACCUUACAAGACUAACAAAGAAGAUGAAUUGUCCAGUCGAAUUCAGAACAUGCUGGGCAAUUAUGAAGAGGUGAAGGAGCUAAUCAGCACCAAGUCCCAUCAGAAUCUCAUAGGGAUACCCAAGAGCAUUGUUCCUCUGAUCCAUCAGGGAAAGCCUGAUCGCCCGUUCUUUCCUGAAAAGACCAGCAGUACAUUACCAACCUCAUUCCAGCACAGCACCCGCCACCAGGCCAUGGGACCCCCCAGUUUGGCUCCCCCCUCUGCUAGUAAUUCCAUCCGCUACCCAAAGACACAAGCAAGAAUGGAACCAGCUGCAAGUUUGCACACCAAAAGCCACAGCUUGUCCAGUGGUCAGAGCCAAGGCCCAGAACAGAGACGCAGUGGUCAGGAAAGCCAUCAUGGUGGUCGCCACAAGAAAAAUGAUAAACAUGUUGAUGAAGAUGGUGCUGAUGAACUGCAAGACACCCUCUCGGAGCUUUCUCCUUUACUGUCCUCUUUGUCUUCUCCAGUGGCACUCCUGUCACCUCUACAUUCCAGUCAGCAUAUCCAUUCCAGGUCACAGAGCCACAACAAAAGUCAUGGGCUGACUUACCAUCCAAUUAAAUCACCUCAGGAUUUUGUGGCAGGAUUGAAUGAUAACGAAAUCCGGGACAGUUCAGCCAUUAAUCUGGCCCAACCAUCUUCUCAGACAUUUCCUCCAGCCUUGCCGCCAAAAAACAGUGCAAUGCUGCAGAAACCUACUGCAUAUGUCAGACCAAUGGAUGGCCAAGAUCAGGCGCCAAAUGAGUCACCGGAGCUCAAGCCGCUUCCGGAGGAAUACCCUGGACAACCCUAUGGAAAAAUAGCAGAUUUAAAAGCAAAUGCCAAGGCCAAACUAUCCAAAUUGAAAAUACCUUCUGAGCCUAUUGAGCAAACCUUCCCCAAUGAAGUCCAUUGCGUUGAAGAAAUUUUGAAGGAAAUGACCCACUCAUGGCCACCUCCCUUGACAGCUAUUCAUACGCCUAGCACAGCUGAGCCUUCAAAAUUUCCUUUUCCAAUAAAGGAAUCCCAGCUUGUUGGAUCUGCAAUACAGAAUCAGAAGCAGUAUGAUGCACCUUCAAAAACAUUGUCUAAUUCACAGCAAGGAACAUCAAUGCUACAAGAUGACCUCCAGCUCAGCGAUAGUGAAGACAGUGAUGAUGAUCGGGUGUCUGAAAAGCCACCUCCCUCAUCUGCUCCUCCAAGUGCCUCACAAUCGCAGCCUGAGAGUGCAGCAUCAGCGCAUUCCAGCAGUGCGGAGUCAGGGAGCACCAGUGACUCCGACAGCUCUUCAGAUUCGGAGAGUGAGAGCAGUUCGAGUGACAGCGAAGCAAACGAGCCACCGAGGACUUCUACGUCUGAGCCCGACCCACCAACAUCAAAUAAAUGGCAGCUGGACAACUGGCUAACCAAGGUGAACCAACCAGCAGCACCAAAUGAGAAUCUCAGUGAAGUUGUCCAUAGACCUGGUCAUCAGGAGAGCAAGGGUCAAGGGAAAAGCAGCAGCAGCAGCUCUCAUGAACGUUCUGAAUCAAAUGAGUUGCACUCCAAAAACUCAAGCAAAAUAACCAGGGCUCCCCAGGGGGUACAUCUUCCUAGCAAACGGACCAGCCAGAAGUCUCCCACGCGCACUGAGGAGCCCUCUCAGAGGCUCACAGUUGGUACCAAGAAGCCCAGCAAGGCCCCGCUACAAGAGGCUCACAGGGGAAGCCUGAAAGUGGAAAGUGAGCCUGGUCCAUAUGGGAUUAAAGACCAGUCUUCCAGAGACAAGCCCAAAGUAAAAACGAAAGGGAGGCCAAAAUCCAGAGAUAAAAAAGAAUUGAAACCAACAGUGCAAGAGCCCUUGGAAAAGAAAAAGCACAAGAGCUCACACCAAGCCAUUACUAAAGCAUUUUUGGACCCUAAGCCUGUGAAAGACAUUGUGGCUGGUGGUGCCCUAGAACAUUUCCCUCUCAGCCCUGUAGCUCAAAGCCAGAAGCCCACCACCCCCACCAGGACUAGUGGCAAAAAGCCUGCCAUUGUGGUCAGAGAGGACUUCCAUAGAGACAAACUUCUCUUGCCUAUCAGGGAUAAGACGUUGUUAUCGCCCCUGAGGGAUUUUCCAGUCCCUCAUGCUCUUGUGGUUAAAAUUGAGCUGUGUCUCCUUUCAAGAAUUCCACAGCCACCUGGGAAAGGGAGUCGCCAGAAGAAACUUGAGGUUAAAGAGCUCCCAAGUGCGAGGAAGCAGGAUUUGGAAAAGAAAAGCACAGAAACUCCUAACAAGUCUCUCAAAAAGAGAAAGGGAGAAGCAGAGAAAGAGACUGAAAAUAAGAGAAUCAAGCUGGAGAAAGAAACCAAAUCAUUGUCUUCAAGUUACAGAGACUCCAGUAAAAUGAAAGUAUCCAAAUUUCCAUCCGAGACACUGAAGAAAGAGCUCCUGCUACCACCACCGCUGCCACCAAUGUCUACUGUGCAGCCUGCCCAGAAGCCAGCCAAGAUGGCACAAAAGAGACACAAGGGUGAGAGCAGCACCUGCAGCCAGCUGCCUGCCACAAAUAACCACACUGCCAAGAGCAAGAGCAACCACAAGGAUUCUUCAUCCUCCAAGCACAGGAAAGUGGAGGGGAAGCAUUCUGAACAUUCUAAAAGCAACAAACUAGGUGGACCUUCAGGAGAUGGCAAAAACCCUUUCCCGGUGCCUUCUUUGCCAAAUGGUACCUCCAAGCCAAGGAGACCUCAAAUCAAGUUUGAAAAACAACAUCCGAUGGAGUAUCACAUAGAGGAGGCCAAAAGACUGAAGCACAAAGCUGACACAAUGACAGACAAGGUUGCAAAGGCAUUUCAGUACUUGGAGGCUGCCCUUUCCUUCAUCGAGUAUGGAAUUGCUAUGGAAUCUGAUGCACUAACACCAAAAUCAGCAUACACCAUAUUCACAGACACCAUAGAUCUCCUUAAAUUUAUAAUGACAUUAAAAUCCUUUUCCGAUACCUGGGCAUCUGCACAUGAAAAAAUAUUUGCUGUUUUGUGCAUGCGCUGCCAGUCCAUUCUGCACAUGGCAAUGUUUCGUUACAAAAAAGACACUGCAGUAAAAUAUUCCCGAACCCUCAAUGAACACUUCAAGAAUUCUUCCAGAGUUACGCAAGCACCUUCUCCAUGUGUUGCAAGAAGCACAGGCACACCUUCUCCUCUUUCCCCGAUGCCCUCUCCUGCCAGCUCUGUGAGCUCCCAGCCAGGAUCAAACGCGAGCAACUGUGGCAGUGGAGGCAUUGGUUCUUCAAUCAACACCUUACAUAAUAUCCCAAGCAUAACCUUUUCCUAUGUCAAUAUCACUUCCUAUAUCCUCUAUGCCUAUGAUAUUUGGGAGCAGGCCGAUGCUCUGGCCAGGAAGAAUAAGGAAUUCUUUGCCGAACUCAGUACAGCGGUGUGCACUCUGGCACUGAACAGUAGUAUGACUGAACUGGUACACUACACUAGGCAGGGUUUACAGUGGCUGAGACUGGAAACAAAUACGCCUUAACUGGUGCUCAAGGUGGUUAAUACCUUGAACUCUUUUGCACUUUGGAAGCCUCAGAAACAGUCUGUCUGGCUGAAUCGUUGGAUACAAAGCGCCUGGAAGGGAAAAUAAAGCAAGAUGGAAGGGAUCUGACUACACUGGAGAACUUUUAAACUGUGUUUCUAGGGUGGCACUUGGCCGCCUUGAAGAGAUGAAGGGAGGCCUCAAGGUUGAUGAUGCCUGUCUUUAAAAGGACAAAGUGCAAUGUACUGUCUGAAAGGUUCAGUGUGUUGGUGGUCUAUAAACAUUUCUAUUAAUGAACAACCAGCAAAAAUCACAUGUGAAGAAGUGCUGACAAGAAGGAAGUCCACCUCCAAAAGUUGUUAUGCAACAUCUCAAAAGCCACAGCAGUCACAUGUCCAUCAGAAAGUUCAGAGAAGUGUUUUUGCAUACCACAGCUGCAAUCCAUGAUGUAUAUUCUUAUUCCUUGGAGUUGGGAUGUCAGGGGGAGGACAAGACCUGAACGGAACCAAACAGCAUUAUGUUAAGCUAGAAACAGCAAACCAAUCUGCCUUGCCCACUUCCUAACCGUACCCUACUGCAUUUAUAAACCAAUUGUUCUACUGAUACUCUUGGAACUGAUUGCAACCACUGCCUUUAGCACUGCAAGUUCACUUAGUAGAUGACCAUUGCUUUGAUUUUUUUUCUCUGUUCUGCGUGCGCGCGCACACCACACACACGCACACUGCAAACCAUUAACUCUCAAACUGUUUCAGUUGUGGUAUUUUUUAAUUUGGGCCUCGUAUGUCAAACACAGUUGGGGUGGGGAAGGUAAGGAGUACGUAAGGAUUGUGCUGUUUUCCUCUGAAAGGAAGGCAGGGAGUUGUCACUGUGCAUCCUCUCAGAUUGUUGCUGAUUGGGUAUGAAGGGGAGGGAAGGUAAGGGACAGUCAGAAUGGUUCAUUGUGAUCGUGUGAACAUUAUGCUGAGUUGCAGAUCUUUAAAUCAGGAGGAAUUGCUUCUGCAUAAGGUGGUAUCUGCUUUCACAAUACCUGGAAAAGAAGGGUCAGAUUUUGACCUUGGAUAUUCACACACACAAUCACAUGGAUUUUUUUUUCAGUGAGUAUCUGCGAGCAGGCUUGGCACUGAAGUCUUGUAACCCUCAUAUGGGAGAUACUCCCAUUUCAUGGCAAAGGUAUAGGUUUUGCCCAGCAGCUCAAAAUCUGUCUUCAGAGGAACACAAAUGAGAAUAUUCUAACAAGAAUAUCUGAUUUGCAAGCAGCUCUUCUUUACCAUAAGUUGUGUUUUUAAAGAUACAAUUAUGCAGAUGACAGUAGCACUGAAGACUACAUUCACAAUAUUUUUAUAUCCAGUCAGAUGGCAAAGAAUUCCUAUUGUGUAAAGCUUUCUGCCAUUCUCAUAUCUAAUAGUGUGCCUUAGCUCUCCGGUCCUCUCUACCAGCACUCAACUUAUGCUAGACUGCUGGGAAUGCUGAUGCCCAAAUGAAUUGUGCAUAUCGAUUUUACAAAAAGGAAAACCUUUGCAAUCAAUUAGCCCCUUUUCCCCAUUGUAAAAGGAAACAUUUGCACAUACCAUGUAUCCAUAUAGAAACAGAUCUAUACAUGUGCUGUAAUGAAGCAAUACUCCUUUUCCGAGGUGCCUGUUGAGGGUUUUAGGGUUCAAUAAAUUAUAAGCAAGAAUUUCAAAAAACUGUUCCUUUUUAAAGCCAUGUCGCUGACCCAUAUAAGACUGGGACAGUCCCUUGCAACGUGAGGCCCAAGAAAGCUCCCGUGUAGCUAGUGGAAGGGAAGCAUGACUCUUUGGAGAGUCUUAUGAGAAAACGAGUCCCCACCUCUUGUAUUAAGAGAGAAAUAAGCACAAGAACUUUACAUUCUCUCUUCUCCUCUGGCUGCACGAAACCUUCAGAAACCUCCUCGUGUCUCACCACUUGGUUAAAGCCGUAGUUCAUUUCAGGGAUAAGCCCUUUUAACCUAAUUGGAAGCAAGUUCUGUAUUUCUCUCCCAGUCUAUAUAUAAUAAAAUAUAUACACAUGCAUAUUCCUUUUGGAAGGAAUAACUGAUCCAAAUAGCACACAGUCCAAGGUGUUCAUUAACAUAAAUUUUGUUCUCAGGAAGCAUGGGAAGGGCAUAGAAAAGUCAGGCCCUUCUGCACGCUUUGGAGCCUGCGUUCUGAUACAAGUAUAACUAACAAGCUGGAGUUCCAGACUGAUUGAUUGAAAUCCUCUUCUUAUUUUUGACUUGCAGUGCAGUUUGCCUUAAUGUCACAGGUGAGGAGGAGGGGAAAGGAAGGGUUAUUACCACCCUGUUUUAGGAAUCAGUAUGGGACUCUGCAGGAGCCAGAGGAGACACUUGGGGAUAGAUUUAAGGAUAAAUGAGGACGGAGAUUCAAUGCGACUUACUUACAUUCCUCCUGCAGCCCCCUCUCCACCCUUCAGACAGCCUCUUCCUUCCAUCCAGCCACUUCCAUCCCAACACAGACAGACUCUCCCUCCUAAACAAGAUGGCCCAGCCCAACUGGAAGCAGGACUUCAGUUGUGCAUUGUGCUGAGGCCUGUUCUUUUGCUUCUGACUUACUGCUCCACCUGAAAGCCCUCUGAUCAUGGAUCCCAGAUUCCAUGGGACCUGCCUAAGCCCACCUGUGAACACCUUAAUAGUUGGAUAGCGCUAUUUCGCCAAGAAAGCGAGCUAAAGAGAGUAGAAAGGCAAAGGCCUUGUCAAGAGGAGAUCCCACUUAAUGCAGAAGCGCUGCUGACAGCUGCUGCCUUACAGGAUUGUUUACGAACAAUUCAGAAAUAAUGUAGAAUCCAAACCCUCUUGUAAAAUUCGAUAUGUAGGGCCCAGUCCUGCUCCCAGUGAACCUGGCAGCAAACCUCCCAUUUACUUGAGUGGAAGUAAGAUCAAGCCCCUAGUCAAUACAGGCUCCAUAAGUGGAGAGUAGACAGGAGGGAGCAACUAUAGCAAACUACAAAUCAGGAAGCUAUAUUCUAUUUUUUCCCUUUUAAAGGACUCUCUAAAUAUUAAUUAGGAAGAAUUGCUACCUGUCUUCAGCCUAGAGCCAGGUUCAAGGCCCAUUUAAGUAGCAGGAAAGAUGGCCAUUGACUUCAGUUGGCCCUGGGCCAGGCUCUUAGGUAGGAGCAAGAAAAAAAUGAAAUAGUAUUUGCCAUUGCAAAAAGAAAAAGUGAAGAUAAGAUUGAGGAGUGAAGGGGGGGUGGCAGUCGCAAGGCAGUAGCCUUCCCAUGCAAUAUUUAUUGAGAAGUAAUUAAUGUAUUUAAAUUGUCAAAUAUUCUAUAUCUAAGAUGCCAUUAUUUAAUAGUUCGAAAGCCCCAUUCACACUGGAGACAUGGAGCUCUUCUGUAACGGAGUCAGAAUUUGACUGCAAUAUUGUUUAAAAAGGCAAAGUCCUUUUGUUUGUUUUUUGUUUUUGUUCUUGUCCCCAUCCCUUCCCUCAUCCUUGGUUCCAGGUAUAAAUCUGUACAUUUAAAUUUAUUUUGGGGUGUGUCUCCAUCUUGUAAAUAACCUUUUCUGCUCUGUGUGUGAUAGAAUUUCCAGACUGAUUGAUUCAUUCAAGUGGGGAAAUAAAAUAAAUAUUAAAUGAAGUAACCUGUUCAUUGAGUUGCUGUGAGAGUUCGCAAGUUCUCAGCCUGUCGUAGAGGUAGUCGCUAGCUGCCUUCUCACUCUGCAUGGCAGUGUUUUGUCUCUAAAUUAUUUUUAUUUAAGCAUAACUUGCUGUACUUAAAGAUGCUGUUUGAAGUUCUCCUGUAUUUAACAUUUAUUGCCCUUUCCUGUUGGAUAAAGAACAGGUGGUUGAAAUCCAAAGGUUCUGUGAGACGGGAGCAUUACAACAUGCAGACAUCAGCCCUGCAUCCUAAUGCAAUAGAUGCAGGAUAUUUCAUGAGAUCUCUGAGCAGUCUGGUCUUUAAUGUCCAAUAUUGGCUGGUUUGUGAAUGGCAGUUCAGAGGCAAAGCUAUGGGCCUUUUUCAAAAUAGUCUAACAAACCAGUUAAGAGAGCAAUAAUGGAAGACCAGAUUUGUGGUUGUGGUGUGCUAUGCACAUGCCAUGAACAGGUUUCAAGGCGUGAUAUGGGAGAAAGCAGUGCUCCGUCUGUGAAUAAAGGACACUGUAAUUCUCACCGACAUUGUAAUGUAGUAAUAUAUUUAUAAAACACUGUAGAGAGGAGAGUUCUGACCACCUCAGAUUUGGUCUCCUAAUGCCCAAAGUUGUGAUUCUCAUUACUCAGUCUGAGUGCUUCCUCCAUUUUCAAUUUCUGUUAUCUCCAGAAUCAAUGAGAGAGAGAGUUUGUUUCUUUUGAGUGGUCAUAUGCUUGUUUGUGUUGGGGUUUUCUUUUCCUCUUUGUGUUGAGAACGUAAUUUUUCCUUGGAAGGAUGAUUUUUGCAUAUCUGUAUGCACUAUUGUGAUAUAAUUCAGGUCAUUUUUGCAAUAUGCAUUGCACCUAAGAGAAUAUUUCCUAAUGGUGGACCCCUUUUUUACGUAGUUUGUAAUAUGUAAUGGCUGCUGAACCUGUUUAAUAUUCAUGAGAUCUGUUGCUGUUACAAAUACUGUAUAUAGAAAUACAAAGGAUUUUUUUAAGCAAAUGCAUUUUUCACUGCACAUUUAAAAUCCCAAAGGCAAAACUUAUAUUGAAGUAGGAAAAUGAAAAAGGACCAUAAAGCUAAAAUUUCAGCUUAUGCUACUUUCAUCACAACACAGGCACAAUGAGCCUGAUACUGCACUCAUUCAUGUUAGUAACUGGAGUGAAUUCACUAAAGCUAAUGUUUCAAGCAGUAUGGCAUUAAAAUUGGGCCCAGAGAUUGAUUUAGACUUCUGUAGUCAAAGAAAAGACCCUGUUAAAAAUUGCUUUUGGUUUGGCACUCCUAGGAUAUAUGGUGUAGGUUUGGUUUGAUUUUGGUGAGGGGCUAGGAUGCUGUUUCAGCAAUAGCUAUGUUCUUAUCUGUCCUUCCUGGAGACACUUAAACCGAAUGAAAUGGAUGAUUUAGUACCUGGUUAUCCAAAUGACCACCAAAAAAAGGCCCUACUCCAACUCCCUGUUUCAUAAUGAGAAGUGUUUUCCAAAGUAUUGAUCAAACUCCACUGGGGAAAAGCAAAAAAGGUGGGGACGGAAGGGUGAAGGAAAGGAAAUGUAUAAGAUUAAGAAGGGUACAGAUCAACUUUGAAAUCACCUAUAGCAAAUGAGGUAGGAAACAGCCAUUUUGAGACUUUAAGUAAAAAGCAAGAGAAAUCACUUGUACAUUUUUGUUAUAAGGAUUUUCCCCCCAAGAAUAUUUAAUAUGAAUGUGGGGAAAUUUUGAUUCUUUGCACAACAAAUUUUUGCUCAUCACUAUGAUUCCCUGUAGUCUUUUAUACUCCAGAAAUGGGAACAUGAAAGCCAGCACUAGGUACCAGUCCCUGAGAAACAACCUUCCACUGAAUGGACCAGAUCCUCAGCAGGUCUACAUAGGCACAGCUCCAUUAAAUCAAUGCACCUAUUUACACCAAUUGAGAAUUGGAUGCUAUGCUAUUUCAUUAACUUGUGGUGAGAUUUCUAUUCCCAGGUUCUCCAUUUCUGUUUCCCUCACCAGUUUGAAGUCUACACUAAACAGAGCAGAGGAUAAAAUGCUAGUGCCAGAACUCCCCUGCACUUUACUAUUAUCGUACUAAACUGAAAACAAAAGAUGAAAUGUGUAGACUGGACAAAGCCUGUAAAUAUGUACAGUGCAGAGAAGUCUAUUUGCAGAGAGAGUGUGGGUCCAAUCAAAUUGGCCUGACUUUUCAUGAGGGUGGGUUUCCCUGGUAAUGUAUUAUGAGGGUAUUUUAAAGAAAUGUUUGUUCUUUGAUGUAUUUAUUGACCAAACCUAAUUAUGAAAUGGUGUAUAAUCUAUUUUGCGUUUGCUUCAUCUUAUAGUUAAGACUUGUAUUUUUCUCUUCUUUGACUCUGGUUGUCCCAUUCCCUUUUGGAGGCCAAUAAUACUUCUUGGCUGUGAAGCCAAAUAGCUGCAAUAAGUUUGAAUUCCAUCUCUGAGCCCCAUACCUUUCUCCAAACACUACGUUAUCUUUUUGGCAACCUUUGCUUUGUAUCCAUUGCACUUUUAGUAACCACCAUCGCCACCACAAAUGAACAGUAUUCCUGGGCCAGCAACAGCAUUUCUGAAUUUGUUUUCAUAUUUAUCUGCUUUUCUGAAGCUAUGAACUGUGUGAAUACUAACUGCACCAGAUUGCCACCUGUUUUGCAUGGAUCUGUCUUGUUAAAGUACCAGGUUAUUUUCCCUUUCCCAGUUAGUAAAGCAGAGGUUAACUUUUUCUUUGGGGCCAGUAUUUCUUCUCAGAACAGUGCAGCAAUGUUGUUUGACCUUGUUAAAUAAGCAAACAAAAAUGAAAAGGCAACCCACCUGAUGUCUCUUUAUAAAUUUAUUUUUGUAAAAUGUCUGUCCACUAGAGGAAUGUCUGGUUCUUGUCAAUGUUUAGAUUCCAUGCAUGGUCUGUCAUAAUCAAAAAGUAUUUCUAAGAUGAUGAUCAAGUUUGUAAACCUUUUGCUUGCCAUAGAAAUGACAGUAAAGUCCCUGAACUGAGCUUUUUCAGUAGUUUUUCUAGCUAUUUUGAAUUACAUAGAGAAUGGUCUAGUUUUCUUACAGAAAGCCUUGAGCGUCUGAGGGUUAAGGACUUCUGAUGCUCAGCAGCCAAACUAAAUAGCAGUGAAAUAUAAUUUUCAGAAUGAAGGCAGUGGGGUGAAGGUCUUAAGAAUAGUGGUUUUCUUUUGUUAAGUGAUUUUUGUUACAGGACGAUAGCACAGGCAGUAUUAAUGUUGCCCAUGGUCCAGGCUGAGAGUGAAUCAUGGAAUAUUGAUAAAACUACUACUGUACAUCGGGUCAGUUGACAAGUACACAGUCUUUUUCUUUCCAGAUUGUUGCUGUGUGAUUGUGUUUUGGUUGUGCUCAAGCAGGGGGGCUCCUCCCUCUCCCUCAUUGUUUUAGUGGGUAAAUCAAGUGUUGGUAUCACCUCAGUGUGGUUUUGAGCAUGUGCGCACACGCGUGUUUAGUUUUUAAAAGUAAAUUGUCUCAUUUAUGAACGGGGAACACUGGUCUUAAAAAUAACAAUGUUGAAUCGUCUUUAACCAUCUCUUCUCAUCAGCAGUUCUUCACGUGUAAUGGGGUACAGCUAUGGUUUUGGAGCCCAAUUCUGAAAGGUGCUGAGCUCCUUCAACUCCUGUAGGCUUCACUGGGAGUUGAGGGUGUUCGGCACCUUGCGAGAUGAAGCCUCUUAUGGGAGGAUGUGUAAAGAAAACCAGAAGGGAGAAUUGGUGUAUUUUAACUACUUCCAGCAAUGAAACUGCAUUCUGGGGCUUCUGUGAAUAAGAUUUAGCUGCCUUGUACAAUCUUUUAAAGAGACUAAAACCAGAUCUGUGAAAAAAUGUAGUUGAUCUGUUACGAGAAAAAAAUAUGUGAAAGAUUUCUCCAAAGAAGUGUGGCACAGAUCUUCUGUUGGUUGUUCUCUGUAUCAAGGAUGAAUUGCUGUCUCUCUCUCUCUCUCUCUAUGCAUAUUAAAGCAAAUUUUGAUUUA